AUGGCUCAGCAGACGCAUUCGAACCUGCCCGGCGGCGACAAGGUCUAUGACCUUGACGAGCCCGCCGCAUUCACGGCAUGCAAAACCGUCCUGCAACAGCCGAAGACCGAGAACUUUGUCGUCGGCUUCAACAGUGCCAAGGCACAAUGUGCCGUCGACAUCGACCAACAAGAAGCGCUAAACUGGUUAUAUGGCGAAUCCCGCGACGAGAGCCGGACGUUGUGGUUCAACUUUUGGGCCUCUGAGGCGCAGAGACCCAUUAUCGAGGCCGUGGCCAAGCAUUACGACCUGUCGCCUAGGCUUGCGGGAUUACUGUGUCCUGCUAUGGCCACAGCGAGCGAACAGCAGGGUGGGACUCCCGCGACGGACAGCAACAGCGGUAGCUCGGGAUCUGGGUCUGGGUCUGGAUCCUCAGGGCCGGAGAAAUCGACGGCUGAUGUCGAGAAGGGCAUUGCGCGUGGACAGACACUGCAGCAACCGCUGAAGCCCAGAUAUCCGACGGGCCUGGAAGGCAUGACGUUCAGCGAAGUCGUCCAGAGGUUGUGGCAUUUCUGUUCCGUCGACUUUGGCCGGCGAUACAUCUACAUUGGCUUCAACGCGCUGUACACGCUGCCCCAGGACGAUACCACGUCUCCAGAUGAUGUGGACGAUGACGAAGUGACCACAAAUAACAACAGAGACGGCAGUGGUCAGGCAACAGCCGCGAGCCACAGUAAACCGGCUGGACAGCGGGUGUGGUCAUCCUUACUCAUCUGCGAUGAUGGCACCGUCGUCUCGGUUUUCGAGCGUCCCGCGGGGUCUGACUCAGUCACGCACUUCGAAACACGACGCAACGUGCUCAACGUCUUCCGCCAUCUCUCGCGGCAGCACAACCAGGAUAACGACAACGCAAAGGACGCACUGUUUCAGGUCCGAGUCCGAUGGCUGAACGAGACGCAGGCUGCGACCAACAAUAAUGCCGCGACGGGCUACGACCGGAAGGAAGCCGCCAGUUUACUCUUCUAUUACCUAUUCGACGACUGGGUCUCGACCUUCAAGCUCAUCGCCCGCGUAGAGCACCCUUACCGCGAGAAGUUGGAGGUGAUGAGACAGCAAAUGUUCACCGCGGCCAAGGUGUCGCUGGUGCAGCAGGUCCACGACGUGGGCAGGCAGCUGACGGUCCUGAAGCUCAUGUAUCAGAGCUAUGAACUCAUUGUCUCGCGCGUUAUCCAGAGCCAGCGGUCGUCGGCAAGAGACGUCAAGGUUGGGACUCUGUCGCCACGGGAGACAUUGGUGCGUGACCGCGACCUUCGCAGCUCCGGCGACCUAAGCGGACACAUGUCUCAUUUGCCGCACAUGGAUGAAUUCCUCAUGGACGAUGACUCGGGGUCGAACGUCAAAUUGGGCUCCUCUGCGAUCUUCAGAUUCGAGCGCCUGUUCGAUAGGAUCCGGCUGUACGCCUUGACAGAGAUCGAAGAAUGCAUAAAGGAGAAGGAAUCGCUCGUGCUUAUGAACUUCAACCUGGUCGCCCUGAAAGAGUCGCAAGCCGUGGAAAAGCUGACGAGGACAACGAUCCUCCUGGCCAAAGCCACGAUCCUGUUCCUUCCCGUCAGCCUGAUGACGGCGUAUUUCUCCAUCCAGCUCAAGGAGAUUGACGACAAGUAUAGCCUGAAGACGUACUGGUUUUGCUUCCUCGUGGUGAUGAUCCUCUCGAUUCUGUUCCUCGUGGUCUUUGGUGGGAUCACGCAUACCUUGGAGGGCAAGACCGUGUAUCGCUCCGUCACCAGGACGCUGGGGAGGAUGAUUCUGAACGCGGCGGGUAAGCGGAAACGGAAGGCACAAUGA